AUGCCCGGUCUAGUGAGCAGUGUUGGGGGACUCGUUGGAGCUGGGGUCAAAGGUCUGAUGGAUUUGGCGGAAGAAUAUAUAUCAGCUAGGGAUAUAAACCUCGAUCCCUCACAUCUCUCUUCUCUCACCGAAACGAAAAGUUUUGCCGUACCUAUACCCCAUGUCACAUCUUCCACAUCUUCUACAACUUCUUCCGCUAAUUCCUCCGUCAUCUCCCGAUCAACCUUUUCGUCCGCCAGUCUCAUCCAAGUCACAGACAUCCCUUCAGGAUGGAUCCAUUUACAAUCCACAUAUCUGGAUGACACAGGAAGUCAGAAGAAAGUUCGAUGUUUUGGUUUGAGAAGCUGUACGGAUAGGGAUGUCGAGGUGGAAAUCAGCAGUGAUCUCAACGGACAGGUCUUGUUCUGGCUUGGUGAGGAUGAACAAGUGAGCAGUUCUGCCUCGUCAACAUCCUCCUUAUCGAACACCUCUGGUACCACGAGUCUCGUUUUCACCCUUCCAGCUGGAGCAUCUCUCACCGUGUGUCUGUCAUUUCAGGCUAAUAUCGACGGCUUCGAUCCACCCACCUCACCCACCGAAUCCGAAGGUGGAUACACACCCCGUCUCAAACCUGCUCUCUCGCGCAAGAGUUCCUCUGAAAGGUCAUCCACUGCUGCCUCUCUUCCAUCGGACAAGGCUCUCUCCGACCGCAGUUCGUACUCCUCCCAUCUGACCGCCGUCUCCCGUGGUGUAGCACCCUCUGCUCGAAAGCUCGAACCCGUUCACAAAGCCUUCCCGGUGCAUGGUUCCAUCUCCGUUCGUGCCAACCUCGUUCCUACAAUCGCCGACGACCGUGUCUCUCAGUCUAUCACGGUCCCAUUCUUCGCCACUGUCUGUCGAUCGCUGUUCACAGCUGCCCUCAUUGAUCCUGAAACCGGUCUGACCACUGGCCAACAGCAAUCUUCGGGUGAGCUAUGUAUCGACUUUGGGCCCGAUCCAGUGGUAGGGGGUGAAUACAACCGUGACAUUCUACUUGUCAAUAGAUCCGAAAUUGAGUUGGUGUGGACCACUGCCGUUGUCUCGUGUGGUCAGAAAGAAGCCAUUUGGCUUUCUCUACGGGAUUUGGAUUCUGAGAAUGUCUUUGGAGUUGACCGUUCAUCUCAGCCUGUCCCUCUGCCGGCACUUUCAUCUCGACACUUACGAUUGGCUCUCCGAGUCAGAGCACCGGUCCCGGAGUUCGAAUUUGACUUUGUCCUUGCGAACAUUCAUCAGAGCGGUAAUGUUGUCACCUGCAAGGUUAUCGGAUCUAGUCGUAGUGCAGCCAAUUCGGAUUUACUACGGAUCUUAAGUGGGACUACCUUGGAUUUUGGUCAGAUAUGUGAUGGUUUAUGGGCCCGCAAAAUAAUAACUUGCAAGAAUGCUGGAGAUAAAUCUCUCGACGUACACUUUUCCGCAACACCGGGAUACGAAGUUGUCUUUCGAUUGGCGGGUAUUGCUGGAGAAGAUUUGGAUGAGGAUUCUCCCAUGGAACGACCAAGCAGGUUGGAUCAAAGAAGUUCUGAAAGGUUCUCCUCUGCUUAUCGGGAUCCUUCUCGAGGCCGACCCACUAUAACACGAGCUGCUUCCCCUUCAUUCAGUGGGAGUCAACCGACUUCUAUCCUCAAACACUCUUCUGGGACGUCAUCAAUCCCAAUCAGCUCUGUGCGGUCAGAAGCAUAUGAAGCUGAAGAAUCACAAAUUGGAUCUUUCCCCGAAUCUAGCGAUAAAUCUAGUGUUAGGGAUUUAUCUCAGCCUUCUUCCCGACCAUUAUCCCGAGCUACCAGUCGAGCCUCCAGCGUGCACUUUCAUACUGAUGCCGCGGAAUCAGACGAGGAAGAUAACGAAACCCCAUUCUUUGGAGCUGAUUCUUUACAACCAACAGAAGAAUCCGAUGCGCAUGCUAGAGGUCCAAACUUGCCCGAUUCUCUUUCAGAAAGGAACAUACCUGAUCAAAUCGAGGAAAUCAUCAUGCGACCAGGUACGGAAUAUCGUAUCUCCGUUAUAUAUCGACCCGCAAGAGACACCACGAAUGCUGCUGAGAUUGCUGGUGCUCUAAGAGAAACAAACUUCCAAGUCUUUCUCGACUCGAAUCCUUCUCACAAACUAGACUUGAUAACGAGGAGAACGAUAAAUUGUACUUCCGAAUCGUGUACUUCUAUCAUAAGUGUGGCCGAGAUGAAGAUCGAUUUCGGUGAAGUAACUGUAGGAGCCAAUAAAUCCACUCUACUACAUAUUUCCAAUUUAUCCGCUCUGUCCGCCAAAGUUGAAAUCGCUGCCAUAUCCAAAGUUCUUUCCGCAAAUCGAAAUGUCAUCGUCAUCCCUCCAUUCGAAACAGUAGAAGAUAAACUUGAUUUCUUCCCGAGACGUAUCAACGAUGCCUACGAAAAACAAAUUGUCGUGAGAAAUUUAUUGAAUAGAUUCAAUGAUCAAAUUAUUCAAGUUCGUUCGAAAAAUAUUGAUCGACAUAAUGUUACUUUACAUUCUCAUCUUUACAAAAUUUACACUCCAUCCGGAUCCAACUUUUUAGAUUUCGGUUCGGUCGUGAUCAAUUCUCCAACUGUAAGAACGGUACAAUUUGAAAACUUAUCAUCCGCUCAACUCAUCUUGGAGUUGACUGCUAGUCAACCGGAAGAUGUGGAAUUAUAUGUGAAAUGUGAAGAUGCUCCGGCGAGGAUUAUUCGGAAAGGUAAAUACGCAGAUGAAGGUCAAUUAUCACCUAAAACUUCGUCGAAUGGUGGAGGAAUGAAAGAAAGGUUCAUGGAAUCUCUACAUCAAUUAGAUAAAGAUCCUUCUUUGAGAAAACCCAAAAAGGAGGUACCAAGAGUCAAAGAGGAUGGACGUUUCGUAGGGAUCAUGGUCGCUGAUGCUUUGAGGAAAAACCAAAAAGGAAGACAAGUGGUUAGAUAUGGUUGUUCGAUGAUGUUCAAAGAUAAAUGUCUGUUGGAGGAUCACGAGUAUUUAGAUUUAGCUACAGGUCCACCAAUAUCGGGUCAUAGGAUACAACAGGGGAAUAAAAAAUAUACUUUGUUGGAAAGUAUAGAACAGGAUGUGAAGUGGAGAUUGAGAAGAAUCAAUUCGAACAGGACAAAAUCUAGGACCGUAUCUACAAAAGAUAGAUCUUCCAAAGAUAAAGAAAGAAAAGCAAGAUCUCCAUUACUGAAACCUAAAUCGGAUGACAAUUCUAUUCCUUCUGUCCCUCGGUCAAAAUCACCUCAACCUAAAUCAUCACAUACCUCAUCUCAUCACAAGGCAACAACACAUACAACCACUUCUCAUACUUCUCAUUCCUCCGUUUCUCAUCAUACGAAAGCAACGUCUCAUCAUCAAGUCGACCAGAAAUCUACAUCGUCGAAAACACCUCAUGAUCAACCUAUCACAGUAUCCCAUCCCAAGUCAACUUCUCAACAUCAAACGCCUCAUGAGAAAUCAUCGUCCAAACACCCUCAUGGGCAACACAUCUCAGUAUCUCAUUCCCAAUCAACGGCUCAACAUCAAAUCACCGAUAAACCUAGAUCAACUUCCAAGCCCCCUCAUAAUCAUCCAACUUCCGUUCCCCAUUCAAAGUCAACGGUCCAGCAUCAAGUUACUGAUAAACCUAGAUCGUCGUCCAAACCCCCUGUUGUGAAGAAUACUAAAGACAAAAGUCCUGCUCUUACUGGGAAGACCAAACAAUCCACUUCUCAUCUCACUAGUGAUACUUCUAAAAUGUCCCUCGAGACUCUGCUUCAAUCUUUUCAAUCUCACGAUCUGAAGAAGACCACCAUCUCUCAACGUUCUCAAGAAGAAGAAGAGGGUUAUGUCAGAAAGAUCAUUUCGUUGAAGACAGAGUUAGAAAAUGUGAUUUCGAGUGGGAAGAUCGUCCCUGCUAGAUUGUUGACUAUUCCUGCUGGGGAAAAGAGAGAGGUUAUUUUGAUCAUGACUCCUAAUGGAUCUACCCGACCUCAUGUGACUUUCAGAGCUAAAAGAGCGGAUUCUAGGAUUUAUAUCAAGUUAGUUGAGUUUGAUAAGAGUAUGUUGGUUCUUGCCGAUCCGACUUCGACGCCGGGUACGAGUAAGGGAUCUACAGUUGUAUCGACAAGUGUAUCUCCCACCAAAGUCGAUUCUUCGGCUAGUGUUGAUUCUUCGACUCCGAACUCUAUUCCGACCUCCUCUUCAAAUAUCCCGUCAUUUUCAACCCAGUCAAAUGUCAGCACUAUCCCCCUUGAAGGACAACCUUCAAAUCAUACACAAAUCGACACAGAACAAAUCACUCCAACCCCAACGACCAUCUCCACCCACUCCUCAAACCCACCUGUCUCCAAAACCAUCCUUCCCAUCAAACAUUACGAAAACCUAGAAGAUAUUGAAAUCCCAGUCAGAGAUCUUUUACUCAAAUCAUCAUGUAUUCGUUCCAUCUUAGAAGUUUCACAAACAUCCAUCAAUUUCGGUCAAACUGAAAAAGGUGAAAUACGUUCACGUACAAUCGUCAUUCAAAACAAAUCAGAUACACCAGGUAUAUUCAGAUUUCGUACUUCCGGUUCAAUAGCAUCUGGUGAUAUAAAAUUAGGUUUAGGUCAUUAUGGUGUUAUACCAGCAUAUGGUAGAAGAGAAUAUGAUAAAUUCUCUUUCACACCUACUAUCGUUGGUUUAUUUCAAGAAAUGUUAGUUUUGGAAAAUGUACAAGAUGGUUGGAAUGAUAAAGUUUUAUCCGUUAAAGCUAUCGUUAGGAAAAAACCUAGUUUUAUUGUCGAUCCUGAUAAAUUAGAAUGGGGUACGAAAGAUAUGAGUAUGAGAGGUGUUUGGGUGACUAAUGUGAGUAAGUUCGAAAGGACUUUUCUGGUAGAGUUAGAGAUGGAGGAGGAGAAUAAGGUUGAGAAUAUUCAAGAUUUGAAACGUAUGGAGAUGUUGAAGAAUACGAAUAGAUCGGAUUCUUCAAGUACCAUCGUCCCUUUCAACAAAACUUCGGACAAUAUGGUGUCAACAGAAACUAUUACUACAAACUCAACAUUAUCGAACGAUAUCACAAUCUCAACACUAUCGAACAAUACUACAAAUCCAACAUUUUCGGACAAUGGUGAAAAGGUGAAUGUAUCAGAUAGGAUAAACACGACAGAUCAAACAAAUUCAACACAAUCGUCUGACUGUUCAGAUCACACACAAGAAGAUGAGAUACAACAAGUGGAUAUUUCAUUAAGUCUUGAUGAUUCUCUUGUGGGUAUAGUAUUGAGUCAAUCGGAAGAAGAAGAAGUUGAAAAAUUAUUACAAAAGUUGAAAAUCGCAAAGAGGAAAGGUAAAAGUGAAAAAAUUGGAAAAUAUGAAAAUAGGUUGAAAGAAUUGGGUAUUGAAAUUCCUAUUGUUCCUUCUACUUCAAUUUCAGAGGUCGAUAUUACUUCUUCACCUUCUCUUGAUCUUAUCCCUUCUGUACCUAUUCCUUUACCUACUGUCGCUCCUACUUCAGCUCUUUCAGAUCUCAAUCCUUCUAUUCCCAUAUCUUCUAUCCCUACUCCAGAUCUUGUCGCUUCCAAUGCUGCUUCUUCAGCAACGUCCAAUCCAGCUAGUUCUUUCACACCCGCUGCAGGUCCCAUCAUCUCUCAUACCACUCAUUCCGAUCCCUCCACCUUGAUGGAACAACCCGCAAUUCCCGUCUUAUCGAACCCUUCCCACUCUCAAGUUGUGUCCGCCCAAUAUGGUCAAUCGAAUGAUACACCUAAAGGAAGUCCACCGUUACCUAUCAUCCAUAUAACGGACGAAUCGGAAGGUGCCACAACUAUCUUUCAUCCUCUUACCGAAAACCCGAAACCAUCAAUCACGAAUCAUACUUCGACUACACCCUCGACACCAACUGUUAAAAGUUUAUUGGUCACUUUGACACCUAAUCAGAAGAAAAAGAUUUGUGUACAUCUUUCCGUCGUCCAAUAUAAGAAGGGUGAGCAAGUGGAUAGUUCGUCCUCAGGUGUGGUGCCAAAGGGGGUAACGGAUCGACCGGUGGGAAGUGUAAAUCAGUCUACUCAACAUAUAGCUUGGGAUAGUGGGAGUGAACAAGGGACGUUAACAACUCACCAGCAAACCGGGGUUAGUAGUGAAAAGGAGGGUCAACCUACGAAUCAAUUAUCUGGUGGUAGUGGGAAGGAGGGUCAACCUACGAAUCACUUAUCUGGUGGUAGUGGGAAGGAGAGUCAAGCGACGAAUCAAGCAAAUGGUGGUAGUGGCAGUGGACAGACAACCUCUACUGAAAAUAUCGUACAGAUCACAGAAAAGGAACCCCUCAUCAGAAAUAAAACCGUCAAAGCAAGUUUGAAGAUAUACGACAGAAAGAAUAGAGACGAGAUGAUUACGGUACCUAUCGUUGUGAAAGGAUUGGAUGGGGGUGACGAGGGAUUGGAAACAGGGAAAGCUUUGAGAACUACUGAUGACCCUAUCAACAUCGCGCUCAUGCGUCACUGUCUAGACCUAGCGGCUAAAUGUGUCCCUUCUCCUACCGCGUUCAACGUAGGAUCCAUAAUCUUCUUACCAUCUUCCUCUCCUCACUUUUCCUCUCUUCUUCGGUUUUCCAAACCUUCAACACCUUCCGAAUCGGACAAGCAACCCCGUCCCAUCAUCUUCAAACCUUUCGAACUUGAAGGUCAAAUAAAAGGUUUGAUACUAGGUGAAGGAUGGUCCAGACAAAUACCAGGAAACACACAUGGAGAAGCCAACGCUUUGACUAAUUUAAGAUCUGCUUAUGAGAAGAUACGUGCUGAGAAGAGGUUGUCGACUGUUCGAAGUGUUUCAUCUACGUCAACGACAACUUCUGUUAAUGCUUUCUCGAGCAAAAUAUCAACCAAUGUUCCCUCUUCCACUCCUGUAGCUACGUCCUCGACCAUCCCGAAUAAUUCAGUUUCUAAAAAGAAGAGCGUUGUCGAUAUGGAUAAGACUGUUCCAACUACCAUCAAAAAGACCAUUGUCGAUGAAGGGAAAAACAUCACAAUUCCUACUUCUCAAACGAAUGGGGAAACGAUUCGAACUAAAGAAGAAAAACGUAAAUCUGGUGAAUCAACUUUUAUCCCAAAAUUACAAGAUGUUUUAAAAGAUACGGAAUGUUAUGCUACUAUGGAACCUUGUUCAAUAAGGACUUCUGGAGGACCCAGUGGUGCUUUGGGAUUAGUACGUGCUAAAGUUUGUCGUGUGUAUUUGGGGGUGGAAGAACCACCUGAUUUUGUUCAAUGUGAAGGAGUCAAGAUCCUCGAGACGGCAGGUAUAGAAGUUGUUCGUGUGGUAGGAUUGGAAGAAGAUUGUUUGAAAGCUGCCCGACGUGGAAGGUCUUGA